AUGCUACCGUACCUCUUCCCUAACCUUGCUGCCUUUCCCACAGUCGCUGACCUUAUUACGCACCUCCGCACUAGUGACACUCGCUACCGCGCUGCGCUUCCUGCUGAGUUCUGUGCCAAGAACCCCCCCCCGCUGUACAUCACUCUCAACUACAUAGUCACCCGACUCCCUGAUUCUCUUCGCUUAGUCAAGGACCACUUCCUCUCUGUUUGCCCCACCACUCUCACCGUUGACCUCCUCGAGGAGCGCCUCCUAGCAGCAGAGAAGAGCAUAGUAGCUGUAGGAGCCUCUCGUGGGUCGGCCCUGCGUCUGCCCCUAGCGAGCGACGCCGCACCGGCAAGGGCAAGGGGGGCAAGGGAGCUGGAGGGGCUAGCGGGGGCGGUGGAGGUGGUGGUGGCGGCGGUGGAGGGGGUGGGGGUGGUGGUGAGAGUGGUGGCGGGGGUGGUGGCGGCGGUGGCAGCAGUGGAGGCGGAGGAGGCGGCAGUGGUGGCUGAGGGAGCGGAGGUGGCGGAGGCGGCGGAGGUGGCGGAGGGAGCGGAGGAGGCGGAGGUGGCAGCGGCGGCGGUGGAGCUGGUCGCGACUCUGCGCAGAGGAGUGGGUCUGGUGGUGGUCCGCGCCAGCAGCAGCAGCGCAGUCGUGAGACCCUGUCCCCUCAGCAGCUUCGUAAGUGGUACGCUGCGCAUCACCGCGGUGGGGGUACUGGUCCCUGCAGUUACGGCGGGGGUUGCCAUGUUUGAUCUCGACUAUGAUGCUAUUCUUGCUGCCAUGUAUGCUGUGACUGUUAGUGUUGAGGGUGAGUGCUUCCUGUGUGUUCCGCCUGACUCGGGCAUUGAGGCUGCUGCUCUAGGAGCUGGUGAGGCUACUGCUCCAGGUACUAGUGUGUCUGCUGCCCCAGGUGCUGGUGAGUCCGCUCUCUCAGGUCUCUACCUCCCUUCGUUCUCUACGAACUUGGUGAGUGGAGCUGACCUACAGGAUCGAGGGGUCGACCAGUUCACUCUUGCGAACUCCCCUUUGGCACCACCGUCUUGGUCACCCCUCGGGGCAUGGCCUCCCAUGUCCUUGUCUCUGGUCUCCUCCGGUCUCUCCCUCCCCUACCUCCGGGGCCUGCCCCUACCUGCAUCCCCUCACUCCUCCGAGUUUCCUCCGACCAAGGCUCCGCUGAAGACCCUCCACAUGGACGUGUGGGGCCCGGCCCGCGUCCGUGGACAGGGGCACGAGCGUUACUUCCUGUUGGUGGUUGUCGACUACUCGCGUAACACCAUAGUCUUCCCCUUGCGCAGCAAGGGUGACGUCACUGAGGUGUUGAUCGACUGGAUCCGCGCAGCUCGUCUCCAGCUCAGGGAGAGUUUCGGCUCGGACUUUCCUGUUCUGCCUCUGCACUCUGACAGAGGCGGGGAGUUUUCCUCUGCCCGUCUGUGUCGUGCACAGGGCAUCCGCCAAACCUUCACGCUUCGGGCCUCUCGAAAGCAAAAUGGGAUUGCUGAGCGCCGCAUUGGCAUGGUCAUGGACGUCGCUUAUACGUCCAUGAUCCAUGCAGCUGCCCCCCAUUUUGUGUGGCCGUUUGCGGUUCAGUACGCAGCGCAUAAGCUCAACCUUCAGCCCCGGGUCUCCUUGCUGGAGACCUCCCCCACCUUGCGGUGGACGGGGAAGGUUGGCGAUGCGUCUGCGUUUCGGUUUUACCACCCCACCUCGCGCCGUGUUCUGUCCUCCCAGGACGUCACCUUUGACGAGUCGGUGCCUUACUACCGUCUCAUCCACUACCGCACUGCGCCCCUCCCCCCACCGCCGCUCUUCCUUACGCCAAGUCCUCCCCCGGUAGACCCCCUCCCCCCUCUGGGUCCUGCCUCGUCAAGUGUGUCCCAGGUAGACGCAGUCGAGCGUGUCGAGGUAGAUGUUGACUCUGGUGCUGCUGGAGGUGCUGAGCCUGCAGAUGCGGAGCCUUUGGGUGCUGAGUUCAGGGGUGCGGAGCUUGGGGGUGCUGAGCCUGGGGGUGCUGAGACUCGGGGUGCUGAGCCUGGGGGUGCUGAGUCUCGGGGUGCUGAGCCUGGGGGUGCUGAGCCUGGGGGUGCGGAGCCUAGGGGUGCUCGGUCUGCUCGUGUGGCCCCUCGCGGUGUUUCGUCGAGGCGGAAGCCACUCUCCCCGGAAAAGCUGCGCGAGUGGAGUUAG